AUGUCGUCUUCAAAACGUCAGAUUGCGUUGGAGAAGGAGUUGCAGCAACUAACUGCUAUAAAUGAAAGUGUUGCCACAAUGAUUGAAACCAUUAGAAGCACCCAAACAAAUAUUAUGAAAACUCAAGAAUCAACCGAAAAUACGGAUAAAUUACUAAAUCAAUGGAUACGCAUAUUGUCACAGACCAAUUUCACUAACGAAAUAUUACAGAAUCCCCAUUGGAAUGGCUCCACAGAAAUUGACGACUCAGAAAUUGAGAUUAAAUUAAAUGAAGAACAGGAAUUGAUUAACGAUUUGAAUGAGUUGAUAAACGAAAAUAGCGAAUUAUCCAAACGAAUUGCGCUAAAAGAGCAAAAGGAAAAACUAGAUGAAAAUAGGAGGCGUGAAGUAAUAAACAGAAGACAUAAAGAAUUGGGUUUACGAAGUGCACCUAAGAGGAGAGGUGUUUCAAGAGUAUACAAGUAG